UCCGAGCUGAGCCCCAUGGCCGCCGCCGCGCCCCCCGCCGCGCCCCGCGCUCUCCGGCUCCUCGGCGCUGCGCUGCUGCUCCUGCUCCUGGUCCCCGCCGGCCGGCGCGCCGCAGGGACGCCCGUCGUCACCGAGCUGCGCUGCCAGUGCCUGCAGACCUUGCAGGGCAUUCACCUCAAGAACAUCCAGAGUGUCAAGGUGACGCCGUCGGGACCCCACUGCGCCCAGACCGAAGUCAUAGCCACGCUCAAGAAUGGACAGGAAGUGUGUCUCAACCCCGAAGCCCCCCUGGUCAAGAAGAUCAUCGAUAAGAUGCUGAACAAGGGCAGCACCAACUAAGCAAGAGAGGGAAGGCAGAAGUUCAUGGCUUAUUGUGGCAGCCUCCAUGGAAUGGGAGAGAGAGAAAAGAAACAAAAACCUCCUGGGUCCAUCUGGACUGUGUUUAAUCUAUUUGACUAUUUCGUAUGAGUAUUCUUCUAUUUGUAACAUAUGUAUUUAUGUAUUUAUUUAUUUAUUUAUUUUUCAAAGCUAGCAUAGUAAUGUUCUAGCUAAUAUUUAAAAAUGAAGUUGGUGAUUUGCUGUACUGUGAUUCUGAAAGGUCAUUUUUAUGUUAAAUCAAAGUUGGUUCAGUUCUAUUUAAUUUGUAGAUGAUGAGUCUUAAAUGUUCUUCACUCAUUAAACUAUUAUGUCUGGGGGGGAGGGGGAAGGGAAGCCAUGCCCUAUCAUUCCCUAUGAUAAAGGCUGGAGAUAAAUAGUGUGGGAUCCAAGCACACAGGUCACACCUGUUAAGGGUGUGGAAUGUAUGUGCACAUUUAUUUUUCUACUGUUGAGAAGAAUGCGAAUUGUUAUUUAUUGAGAGAGUUUCACAGUUGUGUGUGGUCAACACUUCCAGUGUUGAAGCUGUAAAAACUCGACAAUGUUUUAAACAUCCCUUGGACAUUUUAUGUCUUCCUUGUAAGGCAUAAUGCCUUGUUUUUGUUAAUUAUGCAGUGUUUCUCUAUGUCUUGGAACACAGAAGUUUCAAUAUUUAUUGAUGUAUUUGUAACAAAUAGCAUGAAAAUAAAGUU